GGUAAAUUUUAACCCCUACUUUUUACCCCUCUUCUCUGCUCUCUCCAGGUCUCUCCCUCCCGUUGUCCCGACGCUGCCGUGUGGGCCGUGUCUCGUUCCGUUCGCAAUUCGCAAAAUCGCAAAAAAUUCCCCACCUCCGGCCCUUUUCAGUCGAGCGAGCGAACCUAGCACGGCGGCCGCCGCCCCGCUUCCUCCCAAUGGCGUCCCUCUUCAAGGACCCGAGCAAGCUGUCGGCGUACAGGGACCGGCGGUUCCCGGGGACGCAGGAGGAGUACGAGGCGGCGCUGCAGGCGUCGACGACGGUGUACAUCGGGAACAUGUCCUUCUACACCACGGAGGAGCAGGCCUACGAGCUCUUCUCCCGCGCCGGCGAGAUCAAGAAGAUCAUCAUGGGGCUCGAAAAGAACUCCAAGACCCCCUGCGGCUUCUGCUUCGUACUGUACUACUCCAGGGAGGAUGCUGAAGAUGCUGUCAAAUAUAUUAGCGGAACAAUGCUUGACGAUCGUCCAAUCCGUGUUGAUUUUGAUUGGGGCUUUGAAGAAGGCAGGCAGUGGGGCCGUGGACGGAGUGGCGGUCAAGUCAGAGAUGAGUACCGUACAGAUUAUGAUCCAGGAAGAGGUGGUUAUGGUAAGAUGGUUCAGAAGGAGCUAGAAGCACAAAGAGAAUUAGUUGACUAUGGUGGAUCAUUUCAACCAAAUGCACCACCUCCAUUGUCAGAUGAGAGAGGUGAACGCAAGAGAGGAUAUGGAGACUCGUACAGGAAUGACAGAGGAGAUUACCAACGGAAACACUACCGGAAUGAUGAACGGUCUGCGGCCGAGGGGUCCAGGAGAGCUGACUCAGAUCAAGCGGAGAAGAAUCCUAGGUUCCGAGAGAAAGGCGACUCUGAUGAGGAAGAAGACAACUAUGACAAGAGGCGCCGUCGCUGAACCUGUGUAACAAUUGUUGCUUGCAUGCAGUUAUUCUGAUGCCCGGUUACUGCAGAAGAAUCCACAAAAUGCAGCAUUAUCUGUUUCACCUUGCUGUACAACAGACUAUGACUUAUCCUUGUUGGGCCGGUCCUCUGUCUCGUGCCUGUCAUCUGUUAAUCAGCAUUUGCAUGGGAUGAUGCUGAUUUGAGUACGAGAUUCUGUGCUAACCGCUUAAUGCACUGGAACGGAAUGAUGUUAGCACUAAUUUUUUUACUGAACCCUUUGAA